AUGGAACGGUUACCACUCUGGGGACAUGCCCCCAGUGUUCGAGCUAAAGGAAGGCUGGUUAGUAAUGAAGACCCUCCAAAGCAGCAGCUACUCGAGGUUGACAUUACGGCAUGGCAAUACUAUGUGGUACUAGAAGGGUUCUUUAUGGUUGAGAACGUGAGGAAAGCUAUAAGGAUCGAUGAGCAUGUACCCGACAGCCUUACCACUUCAAUGGUGGACGAUGUGUUCUAUGUUUUGCAGAGUUGCCUGAGGAGAUCUAUUUCAACGUCAAACAUCAGUUCUGUGGUUGCUGUGUUGAGCAAUGCCGGUAGCUUGUUGGGAAAUGAUUACCAUGAAGCUUUACAACAGAAAAUUAGAGAGCCUAACCUUGGUGCUAGGUUGUUCUUGGGUGGUAUCGGUGUGGAAAACACCGGGACUGAGAUUGCAACUGCUUUGAACAAUAUGGACGUGAGCUUCGAAUACAUUCUCAAACUAAAACAUGAAAUUGAGGAGCAAUGUACUGAGGUGUUUCCUGCACCAACAGAUCGAGAGAGGAUUAAAUCAUGUCUAUCUGAGUUAGGCGAGUUAAGCAACUCGUUCAAGCAAUUACUCAACUCAGGCAUGGAACAGCUCGUAGCAACCGUAACACCAAGAAUCCGUCCGGUUCUAGACACCGUAGCUACCAUAAGCUACGAGUUAACAGAAACUGAGUACGCAGAGAACGAGGUGAAUGACCCGUGGGUGCAAAGACUUCUCCACUCGGUCGAAACAAACGCCGCUUGGCUCCAACCACUGAUGACAUCCAACAACUACGACUCGUUUCUGCAUCUCAUAAUCGAUUUCAUAGUCAAGAGACUCGAAGUCAUAAUGAUGCAAAAACGGUUUAGCCAACUUGGCGGGCUUCAGCUUGACAGAGACACAAGGGCUUUGGUUAGUCAUUUCUCGGGCAUGACUCAGAGAACAGUGAGAGAUAAGUUUGCUCGAUUAACUCAGAUGGCGACGAUACUGAACUUGGAAAAGGUAUCAGAGAUUUUGGACUUUUGGGGAGAGAACUCAGGACCCAUGACUUGGAGACUCACACCAGCUGAGGUUAGACGGGUUUUGGGUCUCCGGGUCGAGUUUAAACCCGAAUCAAUUGCUGCUCUCAAGUUGUGA